CACAAUAUAAUACUCAAUUGAUUAAUAUCCGCACCACCACCGCCGUACUCUACCCAAUUGAUUACUGGCAGUCGCCGCCCCUUCCUCGCACCUCCUCAUCGGCCGCCUCCUCGCCGCCCGGACGCUCUCCGCCGGCUCGCGCUUGUCCUCCACGGCCGUCAAGAUGGCGCGGUCGGCGCUGGACGAGGUCACCGACACUGGCGCCUUCGAUCGGUCGCCGUCCACCUUCCGGAGCUCGGUGUCCAGGGACGCCUCCUCCCGGUUCCCCGCUGUGCCGGGGAGGUACCACCUCUACGUCUCCUACGCGUGCCCCUGGGCGUCCCGGUGUCUUGCCUUCCUGAAGCUCAAGGGGCUAGACAACGCCAUCGGCGUCACGGCGGUGAAGCCCAUCUUUGAGAGGACCAAAGAGACUGACGACCAUCUGGGGUGGGUGUUCCCCGCCACCGCCGACGAGGAGCCCGGCGCCGAGCCGGAUCCUUUCAACGGCGCCAAGAGCAUCAGGGAGCUCUACGAAAUCGCCAGCACAAAUUACGCCGGGAAGCCAACUGUUCCUGUCCUGUGGGACAAGCAUCUCAAGACCGUGGUGAACAACGAGAGCUCAGAGAUCAUCCGGAUGCUCAACACCGAGUUCAACGACAUCGCCGAGAACCCCGGGCUGGAUCUCUACCCGGCUCACCUCCAGGCCUCCAUCGAUGAGGUCAAUGAGAUGGUUUACGACGCCAUAAACAACGGAGUGUACAAGUGCGGCUUUGCCAAGAAGCAGGGACCAUAUGACGAGGCUGUGACGAGAUUGUAUGAAGCUCUGGACAAAUGUGAGGAAAUUCUUGGCAAGCAACGGUAUAUAUGCGGCGACCAACUGACCGAAGCUGAUAUCCGCCUGUUUGUGACUCUUAUACGGUUCGAUGAGGUCUACGCCGUUCACUUCAAAUGCAACAAGAAGCUCCUCAGAGAGUACCUGAACCUGUUCAACUACGUCAAGGAUAUCUACCAGACCCCUGGCAUGAGCAGCACGGUGAAUAUGGAGCACAUCAGGAAGCACUACUACGGGAGUCAUCCAUCUAUAAAUCCCUAUCGGAUUAUCCCCGCGGGCCCCCACAUUGACUACAAUGCCCCACACGACAGGAAGAGGUUUGGCGCGUGAGAGAUCUUCUGCGGUGCUUUCUGUGGGAGCCGUGUGCGGUGCUGUACCUGAUGAUCUCGUUCUUCGGAUGUCUGAGGCUGCAAGCGUAGCUGAUAGUUACUUUUCAGGAAUAAAGAUGUGUCAGUUUUUGCCUUCAGCGACUUGUAACUUUUCUUGAGGGCUACUCUCUCCGUUUAAAAAUAGUAGAUGUAUGUUAUUUUAAAAAAUCAAAAUUUUAUGUACUUUGAUUAAUAUUGAAUCAAUUUAUAAGAA